AUGAACUUCCGAAGGCCGCGCACACGUUCUCGACGGAAUUCCCUUAAUUUCAUAGUCAAUAGUGAGAAAUGGAGAAAUCACGGUAAAAGGAUAUCGCGAAGAGAUGAUGAUUUCUUGGAAGAAGACUCGGAAGAUGAUAUUGCACAGGCUGGUGAGCUUAAAGAUUGGGUGGAACGAUUCUAUGUCCGCAAGAGCGUGUGCGUGGACAAGUCGGAUCAAGAUGUAGAGGUUAAAUUGAACAAAAAACAAACACUCAUUCUUUCUACAUUAGUUCCUGAUGAAAUUCUUCUCAUAGAUAAAUUCAGUUCCGAGGAUUCUACUCGAUUUGUAGGAGUUCUCUUAAUGGCCGACGUAUCCGGGUACACUGCUUUAUCUGAGAAAUACAAUACCUAUGGCAAAGGCGGCACAUACAGACUUACAGUCACUCUAAAUACUUACCUUGGAUCUCUCAUAGAAAUAAUUUACAGUCAUGGUGGCGAUGUUAUAAAAUUUGCAGGCGAUGCAUUUCUGGCACUCUGGAAGACAGAUAAGAGAACAUUCAUUAAUCAUACAAUACAUACUGCCAUUGCUUGUGCUCUAAUUAUACAGCACUCCUUUGGUUCCUACGAAACUGAUGUUAAAGUGAAUCUCAAAGUAAAACUGGCUAUAUCAGCAGGCAACCUAAUUUUUUCUCCCAUAGGAACCGGUAUAGAUAUGAAUUAUGUUAUAUUUGGAUUGCCGGUACUAGAAGCAAAAGCUGCUGAGAGCGCAUGUGCUUCCGGUGAAGUAAAAUUAACACCCUCGGCAUGGGGGCAUUGUUAUUCUCGAAAUUAUGAUCAUGUUGUUGAUGCUAAUGGUUACGUAACUAUAAAAGCUAUAUUAUAUGACCCUCACGAAAAAGAUGUCACCAAACCCUUCCUAGGAUUUGGUCCUUUAAUACGACAAAUAAAAAAACCAUUUAUUUCUAUUGAAAGCCUUCCAGAAUUUCUUUACAUGUCACCCGAUGAAUUAAGCGCGGCUGAUAUAUCAAAGCGCAAUGAAAUACUUAGUCUACGUAAAGCAAUCUUGCAAGCGGAAGAUAAAGAUAUUGGGUCAGAGAUCAGAAAGUUUAUGAUUAGACCUAUACUUACGCAAAUUGACGCACAUCAGCCCUUAGAAUAUUUAACGGAAAUGAGACAAGUUUCAAUUCUUUUUAUAACCUUAAAGCCCAGAGAGUGUCCCUUUUCACAACUUAUAACAAUAAUAAAUAAUUCUUAUCAAAUUACGUGUGAAAUUGUGUAUAAAUCAAUGGGCUGUGUAAAUAAAAUAAUUUUAUUUGAUAAGGAUGUAAUGAUUUUAGUGAUAUUUGGAUUAAGAGGCUUUAAACAUGAAUCAGAAGCACAGGCAGCAUUGAAAUGUGCUUACAGCAUUAAGAAAUCUGUAUCAGCAUUAGACGGUGUCUUGGAAGUGUCUAUAGGCGUAACAACAGGUCAAGUGUAUUGCGGAGUAGUUGGACACCCACUGCGUAGGGAAUUUACAGUAAUUGGAGCUGUAGUUAACAAAGCUGCGAGAUUCAUGUGUGGAUUUCGGAAUAAGAUAACAUGUGAUGAAGCCACUUAUGUAAAAAGUAAACUGUCGAGUAAUGGAUUCACUUUGCAGCCUUCAAUAGAACUAAAAGGGAUAAAUACUCCUGGUAAAAUAUAUGAGUACACAGAAGAAAUAAGAGUUAAAGAAUUAUUUGAAAUUCCAAUUAUUGCGCCUUUACUAAAUCGCGUUGAUGAAAUGGAAUACUUUCAAAAUUGGAUUAAAGAUUAUCACCUGCCAUUUCGGGAUUUUGAUGCAUUAUUACUUAUAGGUGAACCUCGUUUAGGAAAGACAAGGUUGUUAGAAUGGAUGGCUCGUUAUGCGAAAAGUAAACAGUUUAAGGUUUGCUAUUUGACUUUGACCUCGGUACAUUCCGCAUCACAAUAUUUAGCAGUAAGUCAAAUCAUAGAUCUAUUGUUAGACAUUAAACAUCCUGUCAAAGGUUUUGAGAAGGAAGAAAGAAUUGUUAAACUGUUAAAGUAUUAUACAGACGACUUUUGCUACUUAAAUAAUAUCCUUAAAUUGCGUUUCGCCUACCAUGAAGGCGUAAGUUUACAGAAUGAUGAAAUGCAGAACGAAAAAGCCAAAGAGAUAUUCAAAAAAUUACUAUUUUCUAUCGCCGAACCAUGUGUGGUAUUUAUAGAUGAUCUUCAAAAUUUAGAUCCACUAUCUUGGGAGUUUUUAUCGAUUUUCUUCAGCUGUAUGAAAAUCUUUGUAGUUUUUACUGUAACACGUGGUAAAUUUAGUACUAUUCAUAGCUGGCUCUAUAGUGUUUUUAUUAGCACCAACAUUAGGAAAAUUGUUUUAGGCCCAUUAAAUUCGACCUGGAUAGCACCUCUGGCUUGUCAAAUAUUAGACGUCGAUGCUGUGCCAAAUGAUCUUUGCAAUGCAUUACGUAUCAAAUGUAAUGGAAUGCCUGGUUUAAUUGAAAGUUUCAUAAUUCAUUUAUUUUCUAGCGGUUCGUUAGAAAUUAAAAGUAUUAAAGAUUUAGGUGAGUGGAAAGAAGAAGACCUACAGUUUCCAGAAAAGUCUGUAUUACAUCCAAUAGCUUUGAAUGAUACUGACCAGUCAGUAUUAGACCAGUUAAUACAAGAUAAUACCACAGGAGAUAUAAAGAUAUGUGUCGUAUCAAAAAAAGAAGAAUUAAAAACUGAUGUCAAUGUUCAAAACAUGGAUGUUUUAAUAAUGAUACAAAUAGAUUCACUAACACCAUAUCAGCAAUUACUUUUAAAAAUUGCAUCGGUUAUAGGAAAUGUCAUUUCAAGGGAUUUAUUAGAAAAUAUAAUGUAUGAAAACGACCCAAUAACAACAGCAAAAGCUGUAAAACGACUUUUUGCAAUGCGAAUUUUUACAUGUGGAAACGCAAAAUACAAAUAUAAUCGAAAAACUACAUCGACUUUAACUAUAGGAUCAGAUAUUUCUUUAAGAGGCGACUUAACAUGCGACUGUUAUUUUGAAUUUGAUUCAGAAAAUAUUAAUAAACUUCCGAAAUACGCAUUUUGUAAAGUAAUGAAAUUCAGAAAUAAAAAUUCCCGAAAAACAUGUUAUGAACUUUUACCAUUAAAUCAGAAAAAGGAAUUUCACUCCCGUGUAGUAAAUUAUUUGGAAUCCCAAAAACAAAAAUGCUCCGACUGUGGAGGUACAAUUAUUAUUGUUCAGUCUAUCUCGAGCUUGUAUAAUGAUCGAAAUUACGACGAUUAUCACAAAAUCAGAGAGAACGAAAUCCAAAAUGAAAGUAUAACUGAUGAAGAAAAUGAUGAAAUUGGGAGUAGUAAACAAAAUACAAGUAAGCAUUCUACUUCCCUUUCAAUUAUACCAGAAUUGGCUCAAAAUUCAAGCCAUAAUAAUGAACCCAAAGGAACAACAAGUGAAAUAUUAUCUAAACGAGAAUCUAUUCAUAGUCAAACCCAACAAACAAAUAGUGCGCAAUUUACGUCUAUAUUAAAAACUACUAAAAGUGUUGAUGAUAGUAUAAAACGAAAGUCAAUAAAACGUGUUACGAUGUCCAAUCUCGUUUUCAGAGAUAUAAGUAUAGACACCAUAAAAAGUUACGCUGUAUUCGAUAUGUUUCGAGCUGUUAUGGAAGCCAAUAAAAUUAGCGAUUGGAAAGAUCUAGGAAUCAUUGACGACGAAGAUAGUGACAAAAAUAACGACAAGAAAUCGUAUAAGUUAAAUAUUGAGAAAGGGGUAUCAAAAACCGAUUUUAACAAAUGCACUUGUUCAGACUUGAACAUUAUUAUUUAUGAGCAACUAAUACAUCACGCUACUGAAGCCGGACUAAAAUGCAAAGUAUUAGAAUUUCUUAUUAGAUAUAGUGAGUUGAGUAUUCUAGCAAAUAAUUUCUCAAAUGCCAUCCCCCAACUCGAAACAGCUGAACAAAUACUAUUAUCUGACAAGUCUAUUGAUAAUUUAAGCAAGUUUGACAGAAAAAAGUUUUUAGGUAAAAUAUAUGCUUUACAAGCAGCUUCUUAUUUGAUGAGCAAUAAAUUGAUGGCUUCGAAAAUCCACAUAGAAAAAGCUGCAAAAAUUUAUAAUAUCAACUUAAGAAAAUUAUCUGACUUGACAGAUUUUCGUUACAUUUAUAAUUAUAUCAAGUCAAAACGACCCAAAUAUCGGUUACAAGAUUCUUGUUUGAAAUCAGACUCAAUAUUUUGUUUAAACGUGGCUACCAUGCUUUUUUCUACAUUAGAAGAUUUAAAAACUGCUAGAGUCGCAGCUCUACGAGCUUUAUUUUUGGUUCAAAAAGUUGACUGCAAUAACAUAGAUUUAUGUGACGCAUUCACCAAUGCUAUUCAAAUUGAACUCGACAAUGGAAAACCAGAUCUUACAGAAAAUAUCGAAGGCAUAGCUAUUACGACUUUAAAGAAUCUAUCAAGACCUAUUCAAGCCGAUGAGUUAUUUGCUUUAGGCAAAAUGUUUAUGGCUACGUUUCGCGCAAGAACAGCACGAGGUAAACUUGCAGCCGGAAUUCGUUCUGGAUUUCGUGCUUUAGUCAUCAGCCGAUUCCUACACGCUGAUAAAAUAUCUUUAGAUAUAAUACCGGAUUUAUUUUAUAUUCUUCUGUGUCGUAGUCGAAUAGAAGAAGCUGUUGAUGUUAUGAAACUUUUACUGGAAUUAAGUCAAACUCAUAAUUCAUUAGAAUGCGAGACGUGGUACUACGCCCUUGCUAUUGAUAUGAUUUUGGAUUGUGGCUUCCAGAUAGAAUCCCCUCAAGAAAUUAGUCGUUUUGCUGAAUAUGCAAUAAGCGUUGGAAAAUCAGCUGGUAUUAGUAGGAGACGACUCGUAGUUGGAAUAUGGACGUACUGGCUUCGCGUGGAUGUAGAACGUAAAGCAAAACGUUUUGAAAACGAAGCAUUAAAUUGGUGUGGAAAUGAAAAUGAUGAUGGCUCAUUAAAAACUUUAUUAAGUGCCUUACGAUUAGCCGAGGGCAUGUUGGAAAGCUUGGCAAAAAAAGUUGAUGACUUAAAAAAGGUUGUUGAUUUGAUGGAACUGCGAUCAUUAGCUGACAAAGAAUUGAUGCGGUUGGAACAAGACACGAAAGUUUUGAAAGCUAUAGGACCCAGGUGGCUUUUACUAAAGGCAAAUUCAUUAAAUUUAUCUGCACGCUGCAAUGCUGCCAAGGCAACUUUUACACAGGCAUUAGACGAAGCUCGUAAAAUAAACAAUCGCUUGGAAGAAUCAAUGAUUCUAGCUGCUCUUGCAAAUUCUCAACUUUGGAUACAAAGUGGUAAAGCUGGGACAUUCCUAGAAUGGUGGACCGGCGCCGACAACGCGCGGUCUUCUUGGCAUCAGAUUAUGUAUAAGAUAAAUAAUACCACUCGACAAUAA